GCUUUUUUCUUCUCUGUUUCUUCUCUAUUUUUUUUCUCUGUUUUUUUCUCUGUUUUUCUUUUCACUGCAUUUUUCUUCUUUCCCGCGCUGGUCCGUCCCAUUGCCUCGCCAUAAAUAUCAUAUAUGUCGAACAAUACUGUUGAAACUACCCCGCUACAGGGCUGGACAAAUUCUCCCGAUUACAGGGGUACGAUGGAUAUAGUAUUCUCCUGUACUUUUACCAUUUCCAUCUGCAUUUGGUCAGUCUUAUGUGUCAAUAUUGGUCCUCAUGGAGAAAGCACAUGGGCUAAACUCUACCGGAAGCUCUUAUUGGCAGGAUUGUGUAUUCUCGGACCCGAUUUUUUACUGCUUCUGACUGUCGGACAAUGGGAGUCCGCACGCAAGUCUUGUUGUAAAUUCAAAGAACGAGGAAUUGAGAACUGGUCCAUGAAACAUUCAUUCUAUGCUGAUAUGGGAGGCUUCGUUAUACAAACAGGAGAUGGUGUCACUUGGCCGUUGGAUGCGAAUGAAAUACUUUAUUUGAUCGACAAAGAAUGGAUUAAGGAGCCCGUUUUUUCAGCUCAGUUUGUUCUCGAUAAAAACGAAAUUGACGACAAAAAUAAACAGGGGAUAUUGUUGCGGGUCUCUGCCAUAGUACAAGUACUGUGGUUUCUGGUGAAUUGCAUCGCUCGGAAAUUGCAGCAUCUUGCUAUCACAACGUUAGAACUUACAACAAUCGGGUUCAUAGUUACGACGAUUGGUGUUUUCAUAUUCUGGUUCGACAAGCCUGCCGAUAUCGAAACACGGAGAAUCAUCAAGGUCGAUUUUACAAUAUCAGAAAUACAUGCGGGAGCAGGUCAACGAAACGUAAAUUGGUACGAUACACCGCUUGAUUUCUUGAAGGACGAGCGAUCAUAUUAUGAGGUUGCUUGGCGAUAUUGUUUGAACAUACUAUCUGCGAUGUUCAUGAUGAACAAAGAUCAAGCAGGACCUAUCAAGUGGCGGCGUGAUGAUAUAUUUCCAAAUAUAUCGCUUACCGGUAUCGCAAUAAUUGCUAUCUUUGGAGUCUUGUCAUGGGGAACUAAUUUCAUCGCUUGGAAUUCAGUCUUCCCCACCAUAUUCGAAAAACAAGCAUGGAGGGUAUGCUCGUCAGUAAUGUCAGUUGCUGUCAUAGUUGGUGAGGUUUAUCACCAGAUAUUACUCACAUGUUUCCCUGAUAUGAAAAUGAGAGCAUGCGAUCGAUUUUCUGCUCGCAAUUCGAGCAUUGUACUUUACGAUCCAAAGCUAUCCACAAAAACGCCAUUUCUCAAGAGACUUGAGAGACGAAAAGAACAGCUUAUUCUCAAACUCUCAAACAUUUCUCCGAAUGGGGAUCCAUCAUUAACAAUGCAGUUAAGGGUGCUCUUACCAGCUCUGUUUUUUGGAGCUUCAUAUGUUAUCGCACGGGUAUAUCUUCUGGUGGAAGACUCAAUUGCUUUCCGUGGUCAGGAUCCUGACAUCUACAAGACUUUAAAUUGGGUGGAAUUCUUGCCACAUAUCUAAUAUAUUGUCUAUUGGGAAGUGGGAGUAGGCAUAGAGUGUGCGGGUAAGCAUCUGUAAUGGUGCUCGUGCUAUAAAUCUCGCUGAAUAUGGACUUCUACACCGAUUUUGCUCUCUAUAUUCAUCACGUACUUACGGUAUGAUCACUAUUUCUCAAAACUUUGGCUUGUAGGAUUCAACAUUUUCUUGAAGGACCCUCUCUCUUUAUCUCUCAGCUCAGAUUCACUAGUUAGUUCGAUGGUUCUGGUGGUUCCAAAUCAAUCAAUUCUCAAAUGCUCCCUAAUGAACUUAUCUAAAACACACCGCCAAGCUAUCGGAGGACAGGCCUCUUACAAACGUCAUCGAUGCAACGAAGGUGUAGAUACAUCUCGCUCAUUGCGGAUCGCUGGAGAUAGAUUAAAGACUAGGCUGCGCAACGAGUACCUAUGGGGCGGAUGAUAACUCUCAAGUGCUAGGUACUGGAUGUGGCGUAGGCCAUGUUGCUUUGCGCCUCGCAAAAGUUCACCUGCUCGAGAUCUAGGGAAUCGACGUCCUAGAAACAGUCGCCCGUGAAUUCAACCGCGUGUUGCAAGUAGGUGGUCGUGUGGCGCUUCUCGAAUACGAACAUAGUGACAUGUUUUCGGAGCCGCAGGCAACAGUGAAUUUCCUGAGCACAACCAGCAAAUAUUCUACGAUAUCCGCAUUCGACCAGUUUGGAUAUUGACCGGUCAGCUCAAUAUUUAGUGACUAUCGCUUUUGCCAAUCUUGUCAGGGAAGAUACCACUGUACAUGUGAGAUCAAUGGGCCGGUUCUUCUUCAUAUUGGCAUGUAUCCCAUAUCUAUUGGUUUCAGCUUGCGGCCUCCAGAAACACUUUAUGAACACUAUGGUAGCAGCGGAGCGGUGGAGCUUCCAGAAUAAUCUCAAGUGUGUAGUGGUUAGUGGGGAAAACCUAUGAAAAAUAGUCCUGAAUUGGACAACGGCGAAAGCAAGAUGUUAAAGUGAGAUGGCAGAUAUUUCCACCAGGCGACGCACCAGUAUCAUGUCAAAUAAUCAAGAUAUUUAGUUGUGUUAAAAAACGAACACUCUGCAGGGAAUGGUGGAAAGAUGAACGGGCAGAGCUGGUCUAAUGAAGAGGGAGUCGAGGGGAUGAUUCGUUAAGCCUAUAGUGCUAGCUUGAAUGGAAAUAGGGUGGGGAGUUUUUUUUCACUUUCAUUUGAGAAUUUCUCUGAAGUCUCUAUUUACUGCAAUCAAGGAAUCGUUUUAGAGGCUAAUUAAAAACGAACUGCGACCAAAGAAUCAUAAAUGUAAGUUUGUCGUCCGUCUAUAUUUGUCGGGAUAUGGAUUAUGUGACGGUGCUAGCGCCUCGGUGCUACAACAUUUCGAUUUCUUAAGUUUAGCUUUUAGAUUCCUGACCAAUAUUAUAAUAGCAUAAAUUACGAUACUAUUGCCA